CCGGCCUGUUGCUGUACAGGCUGCUGCUGCUGCCCUCGCCCGCCUCGUCGCUACAUCGGCUGCUGCUGUUGCUGCUAUUCAUCCUCCUUCAUAGCAGCUGGCAACAAGACGAAUCAUCCACAUUUCUGUGAGCGGCGAUUCGGCUCAGAUAUGUCCGAGGAAGUUGUAGAAACGAGGACGUCAGACGACCAACAGGAAAUGGAGGACAAAGUAGUCAGUCCAGAGAAAGCAGAGGAGGCCAAACUGAAGGCCAGGUAUCCCACCCUUGGAGCCAAGCCUGGAGGCUCAGACUUUCUCAGGAAAAGACUUCAAAAAGGGCAAAAGUACUUUGACUCUGGGGACUACAACAUGGCUAAGGCAAAAAUGAAGAAUAAACAGUUGCCUUCAGCCCCGACAGAGAAGACGGAGAUCACAGGAGACCACAUCCCUACACCUCAGGACCUGCCUCAAAGAAAGACUUCAAUUGUGGCCAGCAAACUGGCUGGUUGAUGCUUUUAUAUUCACUGAAUUAUUUACCAUUCCAACUCCCAUUUCAUAUCUACCUGCCAUUUAUGUUUGUUUGUUUUUCACCUUAGUAUGUAUUCUCUAAGAACAAGUUGUGUAUUAAGCCAAAUAUUUGAGAAAAAUUGGAAGGAUUUGGAGUUGAGUCCAACAAAUCAAUAGCAGGAAAAUAUUUAUCGAGCUCAUUGUAUAAAUAUAAAUGGAUGUUAAUCUUAUUUUCACUGAACAUUUUUAGGAUCUAUGUCUUUGUACAAAUGCCUGUCUAACUAAAGCUGAUUAACCUGUGAGGAGCAUCUGUCUUCAUAACCACAAACAAAUCUUUUUGGUUAUUAUUGAAACAAAAAUACUUAUGACUUAUAACCAUAGAAAAGAUGUUAUCAGUGAUUGCAUUGAUGUAUGUGUGAAAUCAAAGUUAAAUUUACAGGUAAUAUUUCAGUUUGAAACUUGAACUUUUCACCUGCUCAUCUGCAGGCAUGGCUAUUUAGUGCAAAGUGAAGUACUUGCACUGUAUUGUUUUUUCAAAUUUGUCUCUUCCUCUUUCCCCUUGUGAAGCAGUUUGAUAAUGUGCCCGCUAAGCACUGAAGAUUAGAUCACACACGUUUUGUAACCGAUGUGUUUUAAUUCAUUUUAGUAACUUUGGUUUGCCAAGACUUGCUGCUGGUUCCCAUCUCAUCAGACCUCGAAAAUGGCCUUAAAAGUAAUGAACUGUUCCUCUUGAGCAAUAUUUGCUCCCUCAGUGAGAAUCUUAGUUGUGAAUCUUGCCUGAAAUGUCUGUCACUGUUUGACUGGAAUCACUUAGGAUUUUAUGAAAAGAAACUUCAUUGACAUGUCUGGAGUGUGCAUGUGCAUUUACUGUGCAUUCACACUGUGCCAUUUGUUUUGUAAAUAAAAUAGUUUUGCAUAAUAAUCUCA